UUUGUUAGCGAAACACCGUCAAAGACAAGAAGUGUUGCUGUGGUAGCUCUGAAAGGCAUGGUGAUGUCGGGCCUGAGCGCUCUGCUGAAAUUGUGUAACGGACGAUAUCUCUUUGCAAAAAGGUGUCGACUACUUGUAGGUGAACGGUUGAUGUGGUGAAGAAGGCUCGACUACACACCCCCCUGCUAUCGCCAGUUCAUGGCAAUUACCCGACCCUUGACAAAUGGCUCUAUCCCGGUGACGAGAACACAGCUAGCAAGAGACGAGAGCCAUGUUCUUAUGUCUUUGCUCGCUUCAGCUCUCGACGAGUGGCCUCUUGCACGUACCUCAGACCUUAUCGCUCUACUUCACGCAAUCAAAAGCUUGAGCGACGGACCUAGCAAGGACUUGACCUUCGGCACGGAGCAAAGAGAGUGGAGAGAACUUUACUUCUUCGCGUCGAUCUGGCUCAAUGAUGUCUGCUGGGAACAGCCUGGUGAUGUGGUCGAGGGAUUCACUCGGCACCCCGAAAACAAAGCUUGCGACAUUGCAGCAUACAUAAAGAGACAUGAUAUCUGGGCCCAGCUGACCGCUGACGGAUUCUUCAAGACCGACGUCGCUUACUACAACAUCAUUCGUGCGCUCGAGCAAAAGGUUGAGUUCAACGAUACCGUGCAUCUCUACGAAAGAGUGUUUCCAGAGAUGCAGAUCCCCGCCGCUGCUCAUUGGAUUCGCGCAACGGGGAAAAGACUCUACGAAGAUGCUGUGGAGGGAGUCGAGAGGGACAGUCUUGUGACCUCUAGAGGGGUUAACAUGAGUCUAACCUACGACAACAUGUGUAAGGAUCGCUGGGACUUCUGGCAGAGUCGCUUCAACGAAUUUGUCAACGGUGAACAAGAAGCAGAUCAAAGGACCAAACAAGAGGCAAAGGCUGCGGUCGAGCAUAUGCAAGAUGUGGUCAAGACCUGGAAAGCUGAACAUGGUGGAGACGCUGAAGACAAAUGCUGAACACUCGAGCUUGGGGGUCUUGUAACAUCUUGGCGAUCAUGCUGAGAUGAGGGCCAGGGAAGAUGGACAACUUGAUGUGCUAGCAAGGAUG